UUUUUUUUUCUUUUUUCGGUUGCUCGUCUGUAAACAAUGAGCGCAAGAAAUUCCCACUACUCUAAUAACUUGUAUUCCCCUUCUCCACUCUAUUGGACACAACCAUCAGCACCAGUUCCUGUAUUACGUUCUUCAUGGUCAACAAGCACAUCUACUCCAACUUCCAAACGACAGACCUAUGGAAAACAACAUAAUAGGCAUUCACAAACUUCCUCCUCUUCUUAUUCAACUCAUUCCUAUUAUACAGAUUCUGAUCUCAAUGACGAGGAAAACAAAAGACAAUUACAUAUACGACGGCGUUCUUCUAGUUAUGGUCACCCUGCCAACUUGAAACAGAAACGCCAACACCUUUAUCCUAUUGACCUGAACGAACAAGAUUACAAUAACAUGAUGAAUGAACCUAUGGUAUUCUCUCAUAGCAAAACCCACCGACGAUUACAAUCGAACUACUCAUCAUCACAACAAUCUGAACCCCGCCAACGUCGUCAAAAGGCUUCAUCAACAGAUAGCAGCAACAACAACAAAAAAAUGAUAAGGUCGAAACCAUCAUCAUUACCACCAGCAGCAAUCAAACCGCAUAUACGAAGGUCCAAAUCGAUAUCCAUUGAAAAUAGCAAUACCAAUAGCACCACAAUUGAUCCUUCUCUUCGUUAUGCAGCACCGGCUUCAAAUGAACAAUUGCAUGUGCAGAGAAAACCAUUGAUGCGACAACGUUCCACACAACCAAAUUCUAUCAUCACCAAUACUGCUAUGGAUACUAAUUGUCAUUCUUCCGAUUACCAUCAAAUGCCAACUGAAUCUACUCGUCUAGGUCACUAUACUAACAACAACAACAAUAACAACAACAGUAGUUCAGCUGGAUGGAAAAUGUCUGCUCAGUACGAUCAUCUGGUAUUACGUUCGCCUUUAUCGCCAACUCCACCUUCUUUGUAUGAAAGCAGUUCAACCACUUCUUCAGCGACACUUUCCUCAAUAUCUGAUUCCCAACGUAACAACAAUCCGAAUACAUCUAUGCUCAACAUGAAUGGACUUAUCUAUCAUCGAAAAUCAUCCAAUGGGGUCAAGCAUACUGUAACGAAGAGUCAACAACGGAAACAUACAACACCAAAAACAACAAUAGCGACGACAGCAGCAACAGCACCAUUCUCAUCGUCAUCUUCAUCAUCCUCAUCAUUGUCAUCCGCUCAUCAGGUGCAACAACGACCUCUUGUGAAACCUUCAUCAACUGGUAGUCUCAGCACACGAUCUAGAUACUCGUAUGACGAAUACCCCCGUCAACAAAAUUCAGUCAUGAGUGAACGACCUAGACGACAUUCUCAAGGGGAUUGUAGCAGCAUCACAUCUCUACAGCAACGACAAAGACAACAACAGCAGCCAUGGAUGACACCAGGUCGAGUUUCUACCCCCAAGUUACGGCGUGUCAUGUCGGCCAAACCUUGUGUGAAGCAUCUUACGCAUGACAAACGAAGCAAAACAGGAGAGGAUGAUGAUGAACUCUUAUCAGCUAUGGAUGCCGCCUCAUUAUCAGCAGCGAAAAAGAUCAUCAAUUCUACUACGACUUGUUCAUCAACAAAAACCGACACUUCCAAUUCAAUUACAAAUAACAAGGAAAUGGCACCCACGUUUUGGAAUCCAAGAUCAGAAAGUGAUAUCAUUCCUGUCAAACGAACUCUCAGUCGACGUCUCCGAGGAUUAUUACUACCUCAACGUAGCAAACUGGACAAUUCAGUUUCCAAGGACCAUCGCAACCUAACAGCAGAUCAAGAAUGGAGUGUGACCCGACCCAUGACGCCUAUAGAUGUAAUUGGUUUUGAUAACGACUGUUUAUUGGAAGAUCAAGAAAAUGGUGUAAUGACAAAUCCGUUUUACAUGAUUAGGUAGGUAUCUUAAAAAAAAAAAAAAAAAAAAAAAAAAAAAAGGUACUAACAUUUAUUUCUUUAGUCAAUCUUGGAAUAUAGCGGAUCAAACAGGAUUGAUUUUUACUCAAGAUGAUUUUACUCAAAUGGAUACAUAUGCUGCAAGUGUUCAACAAAGAGGACCUUCCUUGACC